AGUCUACCCCCCUCUUGGCUGUCGGUGAGAAGGAGAUUACAGUGUGUUAUGAGGGGAUAACGGCAGCGAUCACCUUCACGUUUUGCCCGGAGGUGGAUGGCGUCCUUCUGUCGUGGUUUGACUGUGUCGCUUUGGGCAUCCUGCACGAGGAUUACCCUCGUCCAUGGAGACAUUCACAAAAGGGUACGUCUGUCAGCUCUAUCGGAGCAACCCCACCAUCUUUCGUGUAUGACGGCCCUCUCCCAUUAUCUCCGUCCCCAGAUGAGAUCCUGCGGAUUGGAGACGCCAUCGCCCGGGGCUAUGCCGAUGUGUUCGACCAGUCCGGUAUACUAACCGAAAUGAAAGGGCCGGAGAUGGUCAUCGAGUUGAAGGACGAUGCGGAACCGUAAAAUGUCAACGGCGCUCGCCCAAUCCCGUUCGCAGACCGACCGGAAGUAAAGAAAUUGCUGGACGGCCUCGUGGAAAAAGGUAUCAUCAUCCCCAUGACCGAAGCGUCUGACUGGGCGGCCCCCCUGGUCAUCACGCGCAAAUCUGACGGAUCUUUACGUAUUUGUGUAGAUCACACCAAGCUGAAUCGUCACGUGCGGCGGCCCACUCAUCCUACCCGGACUCCGAGAGACGCAGUGGCCGAGAUCAGCGGCGACGCCACCUAUUUUUCAACGUUUGACGCGGCCAGCGGGUACAAGUUCCUGCGAGCCUCUAUGGGGUUGAGCAGCUCCAGCGACGAAUACAACAGAAGGGCGGACUUAGCGUUCCAAGGUGUCGGCAAGACCGUCCGCGUCGUGGACGACCUCCUUCGGUACGAUUCAUCAUUUCCAGAACAUGUGAUGGGCGUCUGUGCUGUCCUAUCGGCGGCCCGGGACGCUGGCAUUACGUUCAACAUCAAGAAAUUCCAGUUUGCCCAACCGCAAGUUUAAUGGGUGGGCUUCCAAAUCCAACAGGGAGGUGUUGCUGUAGACCCCGAUAAAGUGCGAGCCAUCUCGGACUUCCCGCGUCCGACCAAUA